AUGAAGUACAUAGUACCGUUACUGCCCGCGCUGCUAGCGGAGAUGGUGAACAGUGAAAUAGACAAAAUGAAACUAUGCAUCGUAAAGCAGUUGCUCGUGUGCCAUGGAGAAAAUACCCGUGACGCUAUAGAAGACGCCAUGAUGUAUUUUCAACAAAACCCUUUCAAGUACACAAUAUGGCGACUGUUCACGUUAGACAUGACGCUGAUACUGAGCACCAUCGGUCUCCUCACCACCUAUACAGUGGCUAUAGUGCAGUUUACACAUUUCUUUGACUAAUUGAUUAUACAUAUUUGAUAUAUUAUUUUAUUUGAUGUUUGUGAGCCGCACAAGAAAAAAUACAUUUAUGUAAUUUUAGUGGGUGUUUCUUAGUAAAUAUGGACGAUAAACUUUGCUCUACCAAA